AUGCGUAUUGGUCGGGGCCACCGCGAUUAUAGGGACAUCACCCUCAAAGCGCAAGUCCGGAGUAUCCUGCAGCGCUCACAGAACUCCGCCCAUUACGGCAACCCAUAUAUUUCGCUUCACGAUCAAAUCCGGCUGCAGGAUGCGGUCUUCAAGCGUGCGGAGCGGCUGGAUAGCGUUCACAAGAGCACAAGAAACUGGAAGAACUUCCACAGGUUGAAAUCUGCAAAUGAUGGCUUCACGGUGGCUAUCAAAGACAACAUUGUCACAGCAGAUUUGCCGACGACAUGUGCCUCCAGAAUUCUCAAAGGAUUCUGUCCUGCGGAAGAUGCUACCGUCACGAAGUUGCUUGAAAAGGCGGGAAUGGUUCUGGUUGCAAAGACUAAUAUGGACGAGUUUGGAAUGGGCUCACACUCUACCCACUCCGCAUACGGCCCCGUGGUCAACGGCGGUGCGGUAAAGAGUGACCAUCUGUCGGUUGGUGGAAGCUCUGGCGGGAGUGCCCUUGCUGUGGCCAAGAAUCUGGCUCAUAUCGCUAUUGGGACCGACACGGGAGGCUCUGUCAGACUGCCCGCAGCUUAUAUGAGCCUUGUAGGCUUUAAACCGUCCUAUGGAAUGAUAUCUCGCACGGGGCUGAUACCUUAUGCACACUCUCUGGAUACCGUCGGAAUACUCGCCAAAUCCGCGACUGACAUUAGGUUGACCUUUGACAUACUGCAGCAACCAGACGCCUCGGAUCCUACAUGUUUGGAUCGGUCAUCUCGAGAGCGAAUCAGAGCUGCAAAGCAUAUGAGAAGACGGGAGGUCCUUGGUUCCAAGCUGUUCGUCGCCAGAGUGCCUUCUGCAAAGGGCUUGCUAGAAGAACAAGGUCUAGCAUCUCUGGCUUCGAGAAGAAGAAAUCUUGCUGUUACAACGUCGCAAAACUUCCAGACUCGACGAAUAGGAGUGCCUCUGGAGUACAACAUUGAAGAGAUGCAUCCCCUUGUCCGCUGGGCCUGGACGGCAACCUUGAGCCAUCUUCAAAACGAGUACAAGUUUGAAAUCGUGCCCAUUUCCCUUCCGUCUACCAAGCAUGCACUUUCAGCUUACUACGUUCUGGCCCCGGCCGAGGCGUCUUCAAACCUUGCGAAAUAUGACGGUGUUCGGUAUGGCCGGAAGCGCACAGCCCCGGCAGAUGGAGAUGGGGAUGGGCUUUAUUCAUCCUACAGAUAUGAAAACUUUGGACCUGAGGUUCGGAGGCGAAUUCUCCUGGGAACGUAUUCCUUGAGCGCUGGGGCUAUGAAAAAUUACUUCAUACAGGCCCAAAAGGUCCGUCGGCUGGUGCAGCAGGACUUUGACGCUGUUUUCAGGAUGCCAAAUCCCCUCCGUGACGGGGGCGAGGCAAACCCUAAUGGCGUCGACAUAAUCAUUGUCCCUACUGCGCCAAGCCCGCCGCCAUUUAUUAACAGCUUGGAGUAUUCUCGACCUGUGGAACGAUAUACGAACGACGUUUUCACGGUGCCAGCAAGUCUAGCGGGCCUUCCUGCGAUAUCGGUCCCAGCGCCAGCACACCCUGACCAUCCUUGGGGUGCUGAUGUGGCCAUUGGCAUGCAGGCUAUCGGACAAUAUGGGGAUGACUUUUCUGUCAUCUACUUUGCACAGAACUUUCUGUCAAACUUUCACGGAAAGGACAUAAGACGGCUAGUUGAUACCAAGAUCUUGGGCUAG